AUGAAAGGACAAGCUAAGCACACUAUGAGACGUGGUACGUGGACACAGAUUGUAAGGAAACUAUCUUGGAUGGAUAUUUUACUUCCAUUUACUAUUAUUCUAUCAAUUAUUAUAGGUCUUGUCAUUUCAGAAUACUGUAACAAUGCAAGAAAACCUUUUACCCCAUCUCCACAUCAAAACCUAGUCGGGGUUUCCAUUCCUUUAGCGGUUGGUAUGAUCAUUAUGAUGUUACCACCUUUGUGUAAUGUAGAAUGGGAAAUACUGCCAUCCUACAUCUGGAGCCCAUAUAUUGGCAGACAACUGAUCUAUUCACUUGUGAUAAAUUGGAUAAUUUGUCCAUUUAUAAUGUUUGGCUUGGCGUGGUUAGUAUUGUUUAAGGAACCAGAGUAUCGUGAAGGUAUUAUAAUGAUAGGUAUGGCAAGAUGUAUCGCAAUGGUAAUUACGUGGAACCAAAUAUCCGGAGGAGAUAUGAUGCUUUGUGUCGUGAUAGUCAUUAUUAAUUCUGUUCUACAAAUGAUAUUGUACGCACCUUAUCAAAUAUUCUUCAGUUAUGUCAUAACUGGGACUUCCUAUGAUCAUCAUCUAAACAUUUACAGUGAUGUUGCCAAAUCUGUAGGUGUUUUUUUAGGGAUACCACUGGGAGCAGGGUUUAUCAUUAGAUUUAUAAGCUUUGCACUAGUUGGUAAAAAGAGAUUCAAUGAAAAGGUAAUGCCAUUAAUUAAACCAUGGGGAUUGAUCGGUUUUCAUUAUACCAUUAUUGUGAUCUUUAUCGGAAACGGGCAUAGCUUCUUGCAUCACAUUGGAUCUGCAUUCCUUUGCUUUGUUCCUUUAACCCUUUACUUUUUAAUUACAUGGUUCAGCUGCUUUUUCAUCAUGCGAAUUUUAACUAGAAGCAAACGGGCACCCCAUCCUGACAAUACCAUUGAUAACGAUAACGACGGCGAUUAUGAUGAAUCAGAAUGUAAUUGUGAAAAACAGCUGCUAAUUGGCAAUAAACAUUAUGGAAAGUCAACCUGCAGUGCAGAUUUUGCUGUGACUAUGACUCAAUGUUUUACUGCAGCUUCAAAUAAUUUCGAACUGUCAUUGGCUGUUGCCGUUUCCUUGUAUGGAAACUCCAGUAAACAAGCAAUUGCUGCUACAUUUGGUCCCUUAUUGGAGGUCCCGAUCUUAUUAAUCCUAGCAAUUAUUUCAAAAUAUUUUGAACAAGCGUUUAUAUGGAAAGAUAGCAAAGUUGUUGAGGAGGAGGAUGUCACGAAUGAACUGUAG